GCCUCACUACAAACAAAACAUGGCGGACCGGCGAUUGGAAUAUUUUGCUGUCAGCUAUUUAUAAACCUUUCAUAACGUUUAUGUCUUCUUUUCAGGCUGUUCUCUUACCACUGGUGAAAGUGCUCACUUCUCAUUGUAAAUUUAAAUGAAAUGCAAGAGAAAACCUACUUGAAAGUCGUCCUUCUGGGAAAAGUGAACAGCGGAAAAACUUGCCUUGUCACUCGAUACAUCACUCGCUCUUUUAGCGAGGAAACACCUAGCACAAUUGGAGCAGCUUUUUGUAGAAAGGAUCUUUAUAUACAAGGCAGGAAUCUAUCAUUAGCAAUAUGGGACACUGCAGGAGCAGAAAGAUAUCAAGCUAUGAGUGCAAUGUACUACCGCAGUGCCAGAGCAGCCAUCUUAUGCUAUGACCUUACAGACGAUACCAGUUUUGACAAAGUCAAGUUCUGGGUGGAUCAACUAAAAACUGCUGAACCUGACUGCAAGAUUUAUCUUUGUGGAACUAAACUUGAUCUGAUAGAGGAGGCUGUGCAACCCAGGGCAGUGCAGACAAAAACAGCUUUGAAUUACUGUAGAGACAUUGGUGCAGAUGUGUUUGAAACAUCAAGCAAAAGAGGAUACAAUGUGGACAAAGUUUUCGAAAAGAUAGCUGAGGAUUUUAUGAAAUCCAGCCAUAUGAUAGACUCAGGACCGAAGGGAAAUGUGCAGCUUGAUGGCAAGUCAGCAACAAAAAGAUGGUGUUGCUAACAGAAGUGUAUGAAGUGAUGCCAUGGAGAACCUGUGGUAUGCAGAGUACAAGAUAUUGUGCCACAAGAAACCCAUAGAGAUUGGAACAGUCAGUUCUGUUCACAGGGCAGGUUACAUGCUCAAUACUGAGAUAACACACUGACCUGAAAAAUAAACAUAAAUAACUAAAACUUAGUUUAUAUUUAAAAUAUAUACGUCAAUUUAACACUGUAAACUUCAACUUAUAAUAUGUUCAUCCAAUGAUUUUAUUUUAAAACAGUUUCAAAAAGAAACAAAUCAUAUCGAGUUCAGUGGCAGAUCCAGACUUUGAGCU